AUGAUUGGAAAAAAAAUCGGUUUGAAAAGUAAUAACAAAAAUAAUAAAUCUAAAGUCAAUGAUAUUUUAAAAGUUAAGGCUUCUAAAGCUUCUUCUGAUAGUAGCGAAAAUGAUGAGGAAAGUACAGGCGAAUCCUCUUCUGGAAGCGAGUUAGACUCAAAAACAAAAAAAAUAUUAUCAGCAACUGCUACUAGUAUUAACGACAGUGAUAAUUCUGACGAUUCUUCCGAAAGCGAAUCAGAGUCAAAUGGUAAAAAAAGGAUUAAAGAAUCCAGUGAUAGUGAAGACAAUGAGGAUAGUUCUGACGAUUCCUCUGAAAGUAAUGCUGGUGGUCGUAAUGAACGUAAUAGUAGUAAUCGUGGCAAAUUUAAUGGGAAAAUCGUAAUUGUAAUGAUCAUAUUUUUACAUAUUGGCGCAUGA